GAAAAGAAGCCCGACGAAGCAAUACGAAUUCCAAGAGCAAGUGAAAUGGGCUUUUUCUGCCUGACAGCCUAUGAAGAAUUCUCUCACUCUCGGUCUGUCGUCUGUGCUAAUAAGAUGUGACAUCGUAAGUCAAUGAAUUAGAAUUUCGGUGCGUUCAGAUUUUAAAAGUUGCGUGAAAGCCUGUUUGAUCCAAAUUGUCGUGAGCAGAGACAAUGCGUAGCGCUGGAAACAAUGGGAGGCUGCACUUUCUUGUGAUUUGCGCGGGCAGCCAGUGUAACGAGGCGCUCUCGUACUUUUCUGCAAUGGUAGCGCUCGGCAGUUCAGUGCAGCUAGCGAUUGCGGCAGGAGCACAACGCGCCACUCUCAGCAUCUUUUUUUGUGACACACGCACACCAACUCGAUCGCAACCAGGAUUAUCACUCGCUCCGCGUCGCUGAAGAAGGAAAAAGGAGCCGAUUUGCAGCAAAAUCAUUAGGUUUGCAAGUAGUUUAAGUAUGCCGCAUUAGCGCAGAUGGAGCCGUCCCCACGAAUGGCGCGUUUGCGUGUCGCUGCGCUGCUUGCGCUGUUGCUGCCACUUUGCGCUGCCCAGCAGACGCUGGACGAGUCCGAGUGUCCGCCGGACACGGCCAUUUUGCCAUGCAGGUGCCGCAUGAGGGACCCUUUGUCCGAAAUCCAAAUCUGGUGCAGCCAUAGUGACCUGACGCGCGUCAUGGCGCCGUUGCGUGCGAUCGCAGAGAACAAGCCUGGCGCGAAAAUCGACGAGCUCAUCCUCGAGGGCAACCAGUUUUCCGAAUUCCCAGACGACGCCCUUCGGGGCCUCCAAGUGGUUCGACUCAUGCUCAGGGAGAAUUUCUUGGAGCGUCUAGUAGGCUCUGCUCUGACCGGGCAGGAAAAUUCUCUGACCGAGUUUUACUUGGUCGAUCCUAGGAUUACCGACAUGCCCGUCGAUUUUUUCCAGCAACCUUUUAAAUUACAAGCGCUUACGGUUCAGGCCCCAAAUUUAAAGCGGCUUUUUAGAUUAGAAAGACUCCAGAAUCUCAAAUAUGUGAAAGUCGAAGCAAAAGAAACAACAGCCUGGAGAAGUUUCAUGAUUAUUGAUCUACCUGAGCUGCAAGAACUGCACCUCAGUUGCGGAGAACGAGGAUUUGGCCUGGACAAAAUUGAAGUUGGGAUGUUCCAAAGAACGCCAAGACUUCAGACUGUCGAGAUCACUAAAUGUGGAGUCAAUUGGCUGCACCCUCACUCAUUUGCUUCUGCGUCGCACAAGAUUGAGUCUAUCGAUCUAUCAGACAAUUUCCUGGAUGACGUUGGACAAGUCGCACUGGCAGUGAGAGAGCUGCCGAUGCUCACCGAGUUGAAAAUCGAGAGGAACAACAUCAGAGGACUGCCGGAAGGCUCUCUAGUAUCGCUGCUGAGUCUCCGAUAUCUGUCCCUAUCUGGAAAUCAGAUGAGGGAAAUCGGCCCUGGUGCCUUCCACAUGCUGCCGAAUCUGGAAGUUCUUGACCUUAGCAAAAACCAUCUGACGCGACUUCACCCACAUGCAUUUAUGCCUCACGCUGCUCCUCGUUUGCAGGAACUCAAUUUGGCGCAAAAUCAUUUGGGCCACUUGGCAGAGGUCCGGCCCUGGAUGAUGGUUUUGCCGUCUCUGGUGCGCCUGGAUGUGAGUGAAAAUGGGAUCAACGAAUUGGCCUGGGCAGCUCUGGGGCCCCAUCCGAGUUUAGAAAAGCUCAACUUGGACGGAAACCACAUUCGAAUGAUGCGCCGAGACGCGCUCAGUGCGUUGCCUGCUUUGAUUCAUUUAACAAUAAGGAAUGCUUCUCUGGACGAAAUUAUGCUGCUGGAAAGAGGCUCUCCGUGGGAUUUGCCCAAUCUGAAGGGGUUGGACAUAGCCCAAAAUGGUUUGCGAUUUUUGGACGCAAGACUUCUUGCUGGGCUUCCGUCGCUUCGACGUCUCGACUUGAGCCAAAAUUUGUUGGGCGAACUUCACGGGUCUCCAUUUUCGCCUUCGCCAGCGCUAGAGUACUUGAAUGUUUCCUACAACGCGCUUCAAGCGUUACCACAAGCGUCGCUCAGCCCUUUGAGGGCACUCUACGAAAUGGACAUAAGCCACAACAAACUCCUAUCACUGCCUGUUACGCCUGGAAGAUCGCUUGAUCAAAUUGGAGUACUGAACAUUGAAGGAAACCAACUGGGGUCCAUUCCUGAAGCGUGGACAUCCGGUCAGCCAACCAGCACGCUCCAGUUGAGCGGAAAUUCGCUGAGAUCGAUUCCUAGAAUCAACUUGCCGGGACUAACUCGGUUAGAUGUGAGCAGAAAUCUCAUCUCAAGGAUUGGAGUCGACACUCUAGCUUCAGCAAGAGAACUUCUUUACCUAAAUGCGUCACAUAAUGAGCUAGAAGAAUUCCCCAGUGGAAUUCAAGGACUGACGGCUCUCAGAGAGCUGGACUUAAACGACAAUCGGCUGUCAACAUUACCCUCGUCUGGAGUGAUGGGUUCUUUGCAAUCACUUAGGAUUUUGCGCCUAGCAAGGAAUCAACUGACGACCCUUCCUAGUGACUCUUUGCAUGGAAUGCCACGGCUAGCCUCGUUGGCUUUAUCAGAGAACAGGAUCAACGAGGUCGAUAGGAGUGCACUAGCAGACCUACCAUCGUUAGCCGAAUUAGAUUUGUCAAAAAAUUCAAUUUCUUUACUGCCCAAAGGCGCAUUUUCACAAAUGCCGUCACUCCGAGCCGUCUCCCUGCAGGGAAACACGCUGCAAGAAUUUCAAGCUACCGCCUUCGAAGGUGCGCCGCAACUCCUGCUUCUAGAUUUGAGCCACAACCAAAUUCGCCAUGCUGACUGGGGCCGGUUUUCAUGGGCAAGGUCGUUGAAGCCCACAGCAAAAGACAACGACUUGCUGCAGGUUGCGAUGCCUGGACUGGAAGUUCUCGAUUUGAGUCACAAUAAGCUAAGAUCACUGGAAGACGCAGGGGUGAACAAUCUGCCCUGGCUUGUGGAACUCAAGGUGAAUAAUAACGAGAUCUGCGGAGUAGGACUGAGAUCGCUUGAAGGACUUUCGAGGCUAAGAGUCCUUAGUAUGAGAAACAAUAAGGUGAAAAUGAUGCAAGAGGGAGCCUUCCGCGCGCUCAGGUCCAAUAUGAUUCACCUCGACGUCGCAGGAAACCCGCUAUCAUGCACAUGCGGCAUGAUGUGGUUCCAAGAGUGGGUGGAAAAUGAGCCGAAAAUUCAGAAAAGUCUACUCGCCACCGAGCCUCCACGCUGUGCAGAUGGGUCAUUGCUACGGGAAAAGGCUCUUUCAAGAUCGUACUGCCAAGACAAGCAGCAGAGGGAUGUGGAUGAAGCUUUAGAGGCUUGCAACAGAGGAAACCACAAUUCAACAAACUUGCAAUACCAACCGAGCGUCAGCUCUGCCCUCACAUCGCCAGGAAGCAAUCCCUAUGACGGCGGGCCCCCAAUCAGCUCUCAACAAGCGGUUUCUGACGAGUUUUAUGAAGACUUCGUGGAUUACCCGCAACCUGGGGCCGCGGAAAACGGGCAGCAGCAUCAGGAUACACUAACCCCUCCACCUCCAAUCGCCGCUCCUGCGGAAGCAGCCCCUCAACCUCAGUCAUCGCACUACACGCCUGGUGACACCCCAACAUUCUACGCCGGCUCUGUUAACCUGUCCAGUUUGAAUCCUCAACCUCCAGGCCAACAGAACACUGGUCCAUUCACCUUGUUUGGAUAUCCCCUGCCGAGCAUCUCAUCGCUUUGGAACAAAGGCCCUCCGUCCAACGGAUUAGGUCGCACGUCGGCCAAGCGCCUGGAGACUGACCAAAAGGGCCCAGUUAUGGGUCAUAGAAGCAACUUGCCCUUGGAGGAAGGAUUUGUGCCUUCAGUCGGACCACAAAACCCACCUUGGACCUUCUCAGAGUCAAAUCAAACAUUUAAAUUCCAGCAGAGGGAGUUCCACAAGCAAGACCACAAGUUGAAAUUCCCUGCGCCAACAGUCAACAGUAAGGGACCCUUCGACCACAGAGGCUCGCUGCCAAUUAGAGAAGAUUAUUCAACAACUCCACCGACGCCCCCAACUACGAGUCCGCCGCCAAAUCUAAACAACCCAAUAGUCAAGCAAACAGGAGUACUUCCAAUAGUUUUCACCGACAAAGAUGACCCUAUGCGUGGCGCACACAGAGUCACAACACAAAGAAUACCAACCACAACCACAGCCGAGCCAACCUCAACUCCAGACUUCAGGAAAAUGAUCCCACAGGACGACGAAUACCAGACAGGGCCUUCGUACCCCUCUGGGAGCGAUUAUCCUACCAACAGUGGGAAUAAUUUCACAUUUAGUCCAAAGGACAACGUGGACAACUCCAGCGCCGAUAAUCAGAAUUUCGCCUCGUACAACAGCGUGUCAAAAUUCCAGGACCUGCCAAACAUGCCAAGCAAAAACAAGAACGUAUCUUACGUCGAGCAGGUGACCAACACUACCUCCAGCAAAACCUACUCGAUCACUUCAAAUGAGAUCCGCAGCAAGCCAACGUUGCCAGUCCCUGCCUCUAAUCCUCUGGAAAACACGGUUAUCAGCCAAUUUCCGACUUCGGCAUUUGGGUCCGUUGUGCCCACUAUCCCUCCAACGGCGGCCAGUCACCAGAGCAACAGGGCGACCAUCACAAAGGUGGACGGGUCAAAGAGCUCACCAAGCAAGUUUGUCCACGUGCCAACCGUGGCACCAACAGACGAGCCCCCAAUCACGUCAACCAUGCAAUCAUGGUAUUACCGAGACUACAACAAAACAAACCUGGAACCCUUCCGAGGGGAGUACUUGCAAGAUUUGCCGAUGCCGUCUAGCAGUGGGCAGACAUUAAGUAGAGUGGCAGCUCUAGUAAUGACUGCAGGAGUUUUGAUAUUUAUGUACUGAAUGCACAUUAUUUUAUUUACCAAUAAAUUUAGCAGACUACAAA